CCUCUGGCUCCUUGUCCAAACUCCAAAGAGUCCAUGGCUGUGUUUGAGCAGCAUAUCAGGAUGGCUCAGGAGUACCUCAAAGUCCAGUCAGAGAUUGCUCUCCUUGUUCAGAAAAAGAAGGAGCUAAUGACUGAACUGGAGCAGGAUGAAAUGGAACAGCAGGCCUCGUUUCGACUCAUCCAAGAGCGCAGCAAUCUGCUGGAGGACAACAGCAGCCUAUCAGCCUACUGCCAGGGCCUGAGGAGUAAACUGAGCCUGAUGAAGAGCCAGAACUAAUAGCACAGCUGGAACAAAAUGAUGGGUUGCAGCAAGCAGUCCACACCACUGUUGUUUUUACUGUGAUCGCUCCCCUUUUAAAAGAAGAGAACAAUCACUGGCAGAAAAGCCCGUUAUCUUAGAAAAUGAGACUCUGCUAACUACAUAAGGUACAUCAAGAUAAUAUUAAAGGGAAAGUUGCUAAUUUGGAAUUAAAGCCUUUUAAGUAAAGCUGAAUUAUAAGUUGAUAUUCUUUGUUAAUGAACCACACUGUGUGUACAGUUAUUAGGCAAGGUGUAUUUUUGAGGAUUAAUUUUAUUAUUGAACAGCUACAGUGCUCUAAAUCUGAAUGUUUAAGACAGUAAAAGUGAGGUUUUGUCUUUCAUAAGAGAAUAUAUAUAUGAGCACAAUUAUUAGGCAACUAUUAUUGUGCAGAAUUAUUAUGCAACUAAAUGAACAAAACGAACAUUUUUCCAUCUCACCUGUUUAUUUCCAUCUGUUAAAGUGAGAAUAAUAAAACGACUCAAAAUUUACAUAUAAACAUUUCUGACAUGUCCAAAAUAACAAUAAUGAUAAUCAGGGACUAAUAUAGCCACCCUUCUUUUCAAUAACUGUCACAAGCCUUCCAUUCAUGGAGUCUGUCAGUGUCUUGAUCUGUUGAUGAUCAAUGUUUUGUGCAGCAGCAGCCACAGCCUCCAAGACACUGUUCAGCGAGGUGUAGAGGGCCCACAGGUUCUCAAUGGGGCUUUUCAGAGUCCUUUAGAUCUCUUUUUUUGGCCCAUUUUGCCUGAGGAAGAGAAGCUGCCUGAAAAUUAUGCACACCUUUAUAUAGAGUGUCGGUCUCCUUAGGCCAUACCCUCACUCGUCACGCAAAUACACAUCACCUGAUAUGCAACAUUAAGUUUAUACAGCUUGAAGUUGGAAAAUAUGCAUAAAAUUAUGAUAUGGCCAAAAUACCCACUUGCCUAGUAAUUGUGCAUGCAGUGUAUGGAUUUAUGAUGUGAUGUGUAACAUUCUUUGAGGCAAGCUGCUUUGAAGGAUCCCGGUAUUCCCGUGUCUUAUAAGAUACUUUCGGACAACAGGAACUUUGUCAUAGUUGCAGUAACUGUUGACGGUAGAUUUCAAAGGUCCAAUUUUAUUUGAUUUUAUCAUUUGCAUGAUAAUGGUCAUGAGAAUUCUCAUGACCAUUGAUCAAGGCCCACUGAUCAAAGACCACUGAUGAAUUAUUUGCAUAAUUAUGAUGAAAGAACUGACCUCCCAUUGUUCCUUCAGUGGGCUGGUUUCAGUCAUUAUGCAAAUGUACUGUUUAUAAGAUUGGAAACCUGCAGUCAGCUGAGACUGAAGAAGUCACCUGGAUGAUGACGAAACGUUUCUCCCACUGAAAACGUCCAGAUGAACAGAAUCAACUUUUGGACAUUUACUUACCUGGAUGAUUGAGCAUGCAUCAAGACAUUAUUGAUUGUGGUUACUCAGCUUAUGGUUCAGCAGCAAACUCUUCCAUCAGCUGGCAGAGAGGAAUGUAAAAUUCUUAAUAAUACAAUAAGAUAAUACUCCAUUACAAAUAAGGCAGUGUAGUCAGACAUAAAAAUAAAAAUGUACAGUUGGAUUGGAGCAGUCUUUUAGAGUUGCAACAAUGAGUAAAACUUAGUUCCUCCUGUAAGAUUAUUUCUGUUCUCUUUUGUACUAAUGUUUGUCAGCAUGAUGCUUUCAUCUGAUCUUGUAGCAGACCUCUAAGUCUGCAAUAAAUGAGUAAACAGCCAGCAAGUGUUGUGACUUAAUACCAUUUUAGCUUUUCAGCCGAUAUCCGUCCACCUAUGUUAAUUGCAGUCAGUUAAAUCUGGCAACAUUGUACGACAAAAUGCAAACAUUCCUCUUGCUGGAAGUGAGAAAGAAGGGAAACAGAUUUAUAUUUACAUAUUUUUGGCCAACCAAAAUCUAUUUGUCCUGAGUUCAGUCAUGUUUAAAUCAAAGUGGUCCUGUUUGGGUCUUUGCAGUCUAUCAGGCAGAAGGUCAUCUGCCACAGGAUUAACUGCCUUGCAGAGACUACUGUUGUUAUUUGGAACUAUAUAAAUAAAAUUGAAUGGAAAAAGAUUAAAUACCAUAGGUACAUCAUAUUAAAAAAUGUUGAUGUUUCAAUUUCA